AUGAAUUCGAACAAGACGUCCUAUCCAUCGUUGCAAAGACAAAGACCUAGACGAAGGUCGGACCAUCUCUCACCCACCUCUCCUUCGUUCCCUCGUCGACUCGUCGAGCGUACAAACAGAUACAGCGACGCUCUCAGCCCGGGCGAAGCCACCUCCGGUACCGACGAGUCGGACAGCCCAGCAGGCCUUACCCUGACCACCUCCCUCCCUAACUACGACCGACGUGCCUUGCCUCCCGCGCCUCCCGGCGUGAAAGAUUUCGAAAUCGACAUCGUUAGACACCAUCAGAGAUCUUCUGAGGAUCAUGGUCGUGCAAGAUAUCGUACCUCUGACGAGAACGCCCGUCCUGCUACAAGUGAUGCUACGGACCCUCAUCUGAGUUCGCCGUAUCACAAUCUGCGGACGAUGAGACAGUACUCGGAGUUGCCCCUCCGGGCGAAACCUGCCACUUCCAACACCAGCCCAGACGGCAUCCAUGACCACAUCUAUGAACGUCCGGCAACGAGGCAUGAAGAGAGCACGCUCUCUCCCAGUUUCCGCGCCAGUGGUUUCCCCUCUCCGGGUCUCGACAGACCUUCGUUCGACGAGUCACUCCAUGUCAAAGGCCAUGCUGGAAAGAAGAGUAGGUUGAACUUGCUGAACCCGAUGAGCCUACUCGCUCGACGACGGUCGUCACAGAACCAAAAGCUGGAUGAUGUCAACCUGAGUAUCAAGACAUUUUCGGUUCCUGCGCUACCGGAUGACUUCGAUCCAAGUAUUCGGGGCAAAGUUGUGCACGACUUUUCUGCACCUCGCACUCGUAGGGUUUACUCUCAGAACAAUGUGGCCGGCCUCGAAUCUCCGGCGGUGCGAUCAGCAGGGCCAGUCCCAUGGAAUGAGCAGCCUAGCGGAAGACUGUCCACAGGCGGAACGCCAAACCUGAACCACAGCCCCAUGUUCAGAGAGCAUUUCCAAGACGACCGGCCUACUUUACGACCAGACAGGACAGGGUACUUGCAUAAUUUCAAUGCCUCGCAGACUUCACACGAAUCACAAGACCCGGAAAGCGUCCCUGCAUUCGCAAAACGCCUGCCUGCCGCGGUACCACAAACAGACUCGGACUUCAAACCGCCACCUUUGGAAAAUGCAGGGGCGCCCCUUCCAUAUAUCCCACCGAGCGAGCGAUCGCCUCCUCCGCCGACACCCCCACCGAAGAGCACUCCCUCACCAAAAUUCGAGCCGCCACCUGCCACAGCAUUGCCCAAGCAUAUGACGAGCACUUCGUCUCGCUUCAGCUUUCAAAUGGGAGGGCCCGGGUCCUCUGCCCAGGAGAAAUUGCUUGAAGAAAAGCAUAAGCAGCAUGAGGCCACGCGGAAGCACGAUUCCAUUGUUGGCGAUGAAGACGACGACUAUGCAAACUACGACUUCGAUGCGGAUGAUGGUUUGGAGGAGAAGAUACCUGGUGUCAAUGCAGAUCUUGAUGAAGACGACGGCUUCGGAGAUGACGCUCUCAAGAUCAGUCCGCUGGUCGCUCGCUACGACAAUUCCGCACCCCGGGGCUCCAUGGCAAGUACUUCGCCUCAUGAUCCACCUCCACCCAAUAAGACUGUGCAUACCAACCUACAGAGGACGUCACUACAGGGUUUUCACUUUACGCCUCAGUCCCUGACGUUCAGUCCCACAAGUACCACCAACGCCUCUCAGCCCACGCCGGUUGACACAGAGGGGUUUCCAAUCGGAAUCGCGAACUCUAGGGAUUCUUCCCUGCACGGUCACCCUGAGAGAUAUGACAAGACUACCACAGACGGUGACAUUUCGGUUUUGGGAGGUCUCGGCAUAUCCACAGCCGAGAUACGUGGCCGACGGACCUCAUAUACAACGCGUCCGCAAGGCCAGAUCUUCGACGAUGAGGACCUGUACUUCGACGAUGGCGAGUUCGGCAACCUCGAUACCGAUAUCACCCCAGGCGAGUUUGACGAGGAGAUUUUUGAUGAUGAUACGGGCAGAAUACGCGAUAUCCCUGCUGAAAACGCACGCAAAUUUGAGGCUGCAAAGGAACUAGAUCUUGAAGCCAAUGCCCAUUACGUCGCUUCUUUGGGCAACGAUGCUCCCAACGCACACAAGUUUGAGACUGCAGGGGAAGUGGAUCUCGAAGCGGAGGCUCAAUCCGUCGGUUCUUUCGAUGUUGACCCAGCAUCUGCUGGGGACCACGACAGUCAAACAUACGGUCCCCGGACUUCUCUCGAUCCUUACCAGACCAAUCCAAACCGUCAAUGGCAGAAGAGCGAUGCUUCCGGUCUCACGGAGAUGAAUCUGGCAGCUUAUCACGAUGCGUUGGCUUUUGCGGCCAACCAGGCGGCCGCAGAGGGCAAAUUCGACCGCAAAGUAAGCUUCGGUCAGGAUUCGGACGACACGUCUGAUCCACCGAGUCAGGGGAGGGUAGUCUCAAAUGAUAGUCACCUGAGCUACAAUUUCAGCUCCGCCAUCGCCGCCGACGACGGCUUUCCCUUUGACGACGAUCUCGAUGACGAUCCUAUGAUUGCCGAGGCCAAUGCUGAGGCACUUGAGAACGACGACGAAGGAUUCUAUGGACGCGAGUUUGGCUUCUAUGCUCGAUCCCACAGCAAAGGAGGUACGGAUCUCGUCAACGGCGGAUACUUUGCAGAACGUGGUUCGAACGGCAUCAAGAGAAGUCACAGCGGCAAAGCUACCUUCCAAGAACCCAGUCUGACGCCUAUCACCGAGCGAAGCGAAUGGAGUACGAGAAACUCGGUUGCUUCUUUGCCAAUGCACGGCGGCUGGCCCGCUUCGGCACAAUCUCUUCCCAGUCCAGGAAUCGCUCAACUACUUGAACUCGAUUCGCCGAGCCACGACGAAGAUAUGAGCUUCAGCGCACUUUUGAAACUACGAGGAAGGACGUUUGGGGGUAGCUCUUCGAGUGUCGGUAGCCCAGCAGCCAGUCAUCCUCUGAGUUCACCGUUGGCCCAUUACUCGAAACCCCUGCUCGCACCCGGAGACUUUGCUUCGAGAAUGUCGGCAUCGAUGAAUGGCCGAUCGCCGUCGGCAGGUAUUCCCGAAUCGGAAGAAGAAGACGACGGUGAUGACAACGAAAACGAAAGGUCGACUUUGACACAGAACACUCCUCGAAAGAAGACCAAGGACGAUCAUGUUAUGACAUCUCAAGAGGAAAUGCCGUCGUCGCCAGCUUGGCUGACCAACGAGCGACGCAAGGGGCACCAUAGCAGAAACAGCAGCUCUACCGACAGUGUGACCUAUUCGCGCGACCCAGACGGACGAUGGGUGUUGGAAAGGAGAAGAACCGAUGAAGAGAGUGGAGUUGAAUCGAUCGUCGAUCGCGAAGUCUUGGCCGGAGCACAUCUUUGA